UGAGUUGUGUCACUUUUCAGUUGUAUCGCAAGAUUUUACCCAACUCAUAAUACUCGCUCUACGAAAUCUCUGUUUUCAACGCUCUCGGCACUGCACGCACGCUACCCAAUGCAAUACAACUGCAGCAGCGGGCCGUUGUGUAAACGCUCUCUGUAUUUGUUUGGAAACACACUCCGCUGAGCAGCCGCGUAACCAAGCCAAGUACAUAACAGGUACGAAAUUCAGUUUUUUGACACUUCCACAGCGUUUUCAAGGCUCUUAUCUGUUGAUAAAAUGAUACUGAGUAGCUGCGGCGCAUUUGUUUCUCACUACCAGCUCUCGCUCUUUACAUUGUCGUGGUGACUCUGCAGCGAGUCGGUUCGAAUAUUGCGCGUCUUCACACAGUUGCUGUCGUCGUGUUGGGUGUCAAAGUCACAUGUAGACUUGCUCUGGCGGCGAAAAUAAAUUGAAUUGAAGGAAUUGUUUAUUAUUUGUGAUAUUGUAUUUUAAAACAUUUUGUUUUACUUGUCUCUGUUCUAACAAUGGGCAAAAUCGGAGCGAAUAUAAGCAAGGCCAGUGGCAGACAUUUGCUUUUUACAAGCGUUUUGUUGAAUUAAAAACAAGAAGUAACAAACAAAGGCUACCAGCUGUUAGGUACUCUAAGAAGAAGUUGACUGAGGUAAUAACAAAGUGUAUACAUACACAACUACGAAAAUACUUGCGUGCAAAUGUGUGAAAUGGUGUUGGUGAAUUUAUAAAAUCGCAAUUUUAAUUUGCACAUUUGAUAGCCAACAAAGAGUGUCUAUCAUACAGAAAACGACAGAGCGCAAAACAAAUGUUGGAAUAAAUUGUCUAGAAAAGCCUCCCUCCCACUUUGUCGUCGGCAUACAGCGAGCAAGCGAGCAGGCAGGAAACGGGAACGCAGCGCAUUGGCAAACAGGCAGCUGUGACAAGAUACAAAAAUAAACGCUUAAAAAAUAAAUUCGACGUAUUGUCCCAUAUUUCUUGUUGCAUUUAUUUGCUAUAAGCAUUUUUUUUUGUACGUGCGUAAGCAUUGACUUGUUUGGUGCAAGAAGCGAAGAAAAAUACGCUUAUUUUAUAUUUUGGUGUUAAAGAAGCAAGUCGGUCGGUCGUUUGGGCUUACUAAGAAGCGGAAAUACGCGUUCAAUAUAAAAAAGUAAACAAGUAAAACAACUUUGCAAACACUUGCGAACACACACACACACACACACACACAUACACGCAUAUGACAACAAUGCCGAAUUUAUUUAAGCCACUCUGGCUGUACCAACAACACACGCUGCUCAUCGCCAUCUUCAGUUUUUGUUUCGUUGUGGCGGAUCUGGAAAUAUCAACAAAACAGCAAGCAGCAAACGAAAUUAACAACGCGCUGCCUGAGUCUGCUUUGAAGGGCAAGUUGAUAUUCUCACAUGUGCUCUUCCGGCAUGGCGAUCGCACACCAAUCGAACCGUACCCCACGGAUCCAUGGAAAAAUCGGGAGUACUGGCCAGUUGGUUGGGGUGAGCUGACAAAUAUAGGAAAAAAUCAACAUUAUGAACUUGGUAAGUGGUUACGUCAACGCUACAAUGCGCUCUUGAAUGAAACCUAUUCUGAGAAUGAGGUUUAUGUGCGCUCCACUGAUGUUGAUCGUACGCUGGCGAGUGCGCUUUCCAAUUUAGCUGGACUCUAUCCACCGGCUGGCGAUCAGUUGUGGAACAAAGACAUACCAUGGCAGCCAAUACCAGUGCACUCUAUGGCGGAGAAGGAUGAUAAGGAAUUAGCCGGCAAAGCGCCAUGUCCGGCUUAUGAGUAUGCUCGUUCAGCGCUAAUGAGCUCAAUAACAUUCCAGCAGUUGAAUCAACGUUAUCAAUAUUUAUAUGAUUACUUGUCGAAAUAUUCGGGUCGCAAAAUCGAAACUUUGGAGAGUGUACAACGCAUGAAUAAUACAUUAUUCAUUGAGUCACUCUACAAUCGGACACUACCCGAAUGGACUAAGAAAGUGUACCCCAGCGCUGAUAUGACGUAUAUCGCAGACUUUGCAUUCUCCAUCAACACCUAUACACGUCGCAUGGCACGCUUAAAGUCCGGUCCGCUGUUAAAGGAAAUGCUACAUCGGUUUGGCGAGAAGGCGCGUGGCUCGUUGAAACCAGAUCGUUCGGUUUGGAUUUACAGUGCACAUGACACUACGGUGGCGAAUAUUUUGAACGCUUUGAAAUUAUAUGACAUGAAGAGUCCCGGCUAUACAGCUUGUUUACUAUUUGAGUUGCGUGUCGAUGAGAAUAACCAAGCCUACAUUUCGAUUUUCUACAAAAACAACUCGCCGGAAGCAAAACUACUUAAUAUACCUGACUGUGGUGUGGCCUGCCCAUUAGAACAAAUGUACAAACUUUACAUGGACAUAUUGCCAGUGAAUUGGGAGCAAGAAUGCAAAUUAACCACAAUGAUGAUGACCUAUGAUGAGGCAAAUAUCGGCACGGCUAUGGAUUUCAUUCUAUUUGUAGCGAUAUUGGCAUCAGCUAUCAGCUUUAUGCUUCUGCUAUCCUAUGUUUUCAUGAUGUAUUAUCGCCGUCGCAGAUAUAGUUUGUACGCGUAUGCGCAAAUGGCAUAAUUAACGGUGUUUGAUGAAGCUCUUUAGUUAUACCCAGCAACAGCAACAGCAACAGCAACAACCUACCAACAACAACCUACAAAAAGAUAAAACAUUGAGCACCAACAAGCUCCCAUUGCUAAUGAGCACAAAUUUACAUGUUCCUCUAAAUGUCAUUAAUCCUAAUAUUAAAUGUAUAUAUUUUGUAUGUGUGUGCAUAUGUAUCCAAAGUUAUGCAUUUAAUUUUAAUAUUUGACCAAUAUGAUAUUUAGCAAUUGAAUUGCAUUUUGAGUGUAUAAAUAUGUGUAAUUGUAUGCAAUCCUAUCCAUUGUGAUACGCAUUUCUAUCUUUUUAAAUUACAUUAAAAUUUAAUUGUGCACGUUCGUGAAUACACCAAGAUUUACAUAUAUUUAUGAAAUAACUUUAUCAUGUUCGUGUCAGCUUUUGGUCUGCUCCUUAACUUAAACAAUUUAUUUUUAAUAAAAUGUAAUAAAAUGUGUAAUCAAUGUAAGGCGGUGUAAGUUUGCCGGGCAUUUUGGUCUGAAAAGUGCUUAUUAAAUUUUUCAUUUUUAAUAAAUUCUAAGCAAUCUACGUACUUUUAGGUAUCUCUUUAUUAUCUUAAUUUUUUCUUGUGUAAAAUAUUUAAAUAUCAUUCAGCUGAUGAAAUGUUUUUUUAAUAGUUUUUUUUUUUGUAAAUUUUAUGCAUUUGAAAUGAGCAGACUGUAACAAACGAUAGAAUUUAUUUGUAAGCAUUUUUAGUUUAAUUUAAGUUCAGUAAAUUUUUCCUACCACUAAAGACAAUUAUUGUGCACGCUUGUGUGUUGUUAACCUAAGAAAUUGUGCGUUGUAUUUUUAAUUCUAAUAUAAUAAUGAUAGCUAUAAACUAUUGUGUUUGUCCAGUCACAGAUUUGCAUUAGUACUUGUCCGUUUUACACAUAAUUCGUGCUUGUUAUGUACAGUAAUGCUAAUUAUAUUACUUAUAUAUAUAUAUUUGCAUUAAAUAUUU